AUGAAUGGAAUUGGUGAAUCACGUAGUGAACUAUUAAAUUGGCUAAAUGAAUUGUUGAAGUUAAACUGCAAGAAGGUAGAAGAAUGUGGUACAGGUGCGGCAUAUUGCCAGAUCAUGGAUUCCAUAUACAAUGAUCUUCCCAUGCAUAGGGUCAAAUUUGAUGCUAAGGCUGAAUACGAUUUUCAGACCAACUACAAAAUUUUACAAAGUUGCUUUUCGAGGCAUCAUAUUGAGAAGACAGUCUACGUAGAGAAGUUGAUGAGAUGUAAAUUCCAAGAUAACCUUGAAUUCUUACAAUGGAUUAAAAAAUACUGGAUUCAAAAUAAGGAUGCCACAGAAUAUGAUCCAAAUGCUCGAAGGAGGUACAGACCAACCACAACCAUCGGAAAUACCAACAAUACACCAGCUAAUGUGACCAAACGAAGAAGCAGUGGUAUGGGGAAUAAUCUAGCGGCAGGUUCAACAGUAGCGCCACGAUCCUCUUCAAUGGGUAUGACGAGGAAGUUCUCAAAUGAACAGAUAAUGGCACUUCAGACAGAACUGUCACAGGCACAGGGAAACGUAGGGUCUUUAAACAAAGAACUAAACUCAUAUAAAGAGACUGUGAAUAUUUUAGAGAGGGAACGUUCGUUUUAUUUCGGAAAACUUAGAGACAUUGAAAUUCUUGUCCAAACCACCCAAGAUUUAAUUAAGGAGGGCGUCUACAAAAUGGAGAAUGAUAAAUUUGAAAAAUUCUUGUCUAAAGUACAAAAAAUAUUAUAUGCAACUGAAGAUGGAUUCGAAAUAGUCGAGGAAAAUCAGGAAGAAAAUGCGUCUGAAAUAGUUGGGAAUGGGAAAGAAUCGCAAGAAGCCAUUAUACACAAUCCGAUGGAUGAACUAGAUACGAAAAAUAGCAUGCCUACGAAUAAUUUGAUAAUAGAUGAAGAGACAUUCUAA